AUGUUGCGGACACCGGGUGCACAGUUACUGUACUGCACUGUACUAGUACUGUGCUCGAGUAUGCCGCUGGCGGUGUUCCGUGAUGCAUUGAACCAACCCCCGAUCAGUUACCGGUAUGGUAAAUUUACUAUGCCGUCUACUUCUUGUUUGUCCUUAGCUCCUGUUCACCCGCCCCGGAUUACGGCUUCAUUACAGUCCACUUUGAGGCCCGAUUCUGCUGACAAGAAAGCAGAAACAACCAAAAAAGAAAAAAUGAAGAACGGAUCAGCUUCACAUUUGGAGGGAGCGGAAGAAGGGGGUAUUCACGGAUAUGGGACGCCUUCUAGUUCGCAAGAAGCAAUUGCAACCAUGGCACUAUUCGGAAACACAGAGGAGCUUCGCGGGCCAAUGGAUCCGGAGGAGGUGAGAGCACUGGUAUGGAAGAUUGAUAAGAUGAUUUUGCCAUAUCUGGCCGUCUGUUACUGCUUCUUCUACAUUGAUAAAACGACACUUUCAUACGCAGCGCUGUUUGGAAUUGAGCAAGACUUGCGUCUUCGCGGGACACAAUACAACUGGCUGUCUUCGCUGUUUUACCUCGGCUUCCUUUUCUGGGCAUUUCCAACGAACCUCUUGUUGCAGAGGUUACCGGUAGGCAAGUAUCUCGGGGUCAACAUCUUCAUGUGGGGGUUCUUCUUGAUGGGGCAGGCUGCGUGUAAGGACUUCUUGAGCCUGGCUGUCCUACGUGUCCUUAGCGGUGCGGCAGAAGCCUGCGCCGACCCUGCCUUCAUGAUAAUCACCUCCAUGUGGUAUACUCGCCAUCAACAGCCGAUCCGUAUAGGUCUCUGGUACUCGGCCAAUGGCCUAGGAAUCGCGGGUGGCGGCUUAUUGGGUUACGGAAUUGGCCAUAUUAAGGGAGCGCUAGCGAGUUGGAAAUAUGAGUUCUUGAUCAUUGGAGCCCUGUGUUCAUUAUGGGGAAUCGUAAUGUUCAUCUUCCUCCCCGAUUCGCCCGUCUCGGCAAGAUUUUUGACCAAAGGGGAGCGGAGGAUGGCCGUCCGGAGGCUUCGGGAUGACCAAACAGGAAUUGAAAACAAGACCCUCAAACCGUAUCAGAUUACGGAGGCUUUUUGUGAUACGAAGGUUUACUUGUUCUUUUUGCUGGGGAUCGUGUGUAAUGUUCCGAAUGGUGGGAUUAGCAAUUUUGGAACACUUAUAAUAAAAGGAUUCGAGUUCUCAACCCUCGUAACAACCCUCCUGCAGAUUCCUUAUGGGGUUGUCAUCUCCUUGUCGAUUAUUGCGUGCGUGUUCGUGAACGACCGCCUGCCACCUAACAGUCGCUGUUAUAUGGUCAUCGUGUUCAUGAUCCCGAAUAUUGCUGGCGCAUUCGGCCUCAUGUUUGUUCCCCAGGAGCGCAAUAUCGGGAGGUUGAUUUGUUAUUAUCUCACUGGUCCGUAUAAUGCAGCAUUCGUUUUAAUACUUUCUUUGCAGAUCGGGAAUGUCGCUGGCCACACCAAGAAGGUUGUGACAAAUGCCAUGCUCUUUCUCGGUUACUGCGUGGGCAACAUCGCCGGCCCCUUCUUCUACAAAGCGGACCAAAGACCAACAUACACUCUCGGCAUCUCAUCGAUAAUAUUCUGCCACCUGGUGGAGGUGGUAUUAAUCCUAGCCCUGCGCUUUCUUCUUUCUAGAGAGAACAAGCGCAGGGAUAAACUACAGGAGGGCAUUGAGAGAGAUCUGGACGCGACAGCGUUUGGAGACUUGACGGAUAAGGAGAACAUCAAUUUUAGGUAUAUUUAUUAGACUGGGAAGGGGUAGAGGUUUGGACAAGUGGUGGUGGGGAGAGCGAUUUUAGUGUUAACGAUGAGUGAUCGCUGUCUGGACGCGGGAACGGGGUUCAGCGAGUGAUUAUUUGUGAUAGCAUCAAUGCCAGAAUCCUACGACAACAAA